AUGGUCGGCUCGCGCAAGGGAAGUGAUUGUGACGCUGGACAAGAAGGUUGUACAGACCUUUUGGGUGUUAUGUACAGCUGUAGCCGUCGCCGUGCUGCUCUAUCGAGCGGUCGGCUUCUGCGUGGAAGCUGGUGCCCCUUGGCUUGCUGCACAGAUUCGGCUGCCGUGGAAAACUUGGAUGCAAGCCGCACAGAUGUGAUUCUCAAGCAACACAAGCACCUCGAAGUCGGAGGAAGUUAUGUCCACAAGAACCACGGCUCCCAAAUCUUCACCAUGCUAGGCUCCCAAAUCUUCACCAUGCUAGGUGUGCAGAAUGACCAAGUCCAGUUUCAGCAUGUUCCCUUGGUGGGGGCCCCCGUGAUCGUGGAGGUGCCUGCCUCUGCUGAGUUGGCGAAUUGGAAGAGGACGAAGAAAGUCCAAGCGACAGUGCUCGAUGCUGAGAUAGCCAAGCAGUACUUUGUGUCGGCUAGCACAAUUCAAGCUGAGGCAUUUGAGCUGGGGCAGGCUCAGCUAGAGUUGUAUCGAGAGUUUAGCGGCAAGCACGAUGGCAAAGUCGGGAUCAGCUUUGUCACCCCCCCUCCGGGCUUGGUGGUCACGGACGGAUGUUGGGUUGGCAAGUACUUGCUGCAGCCCUCCAGACCAGUGUCGGACUUCGAGAAAUUGGACGAGAAGACAUUGCUCGUGCCAUAUUGGUAUGUGCGGACCACGAACGAGAUUGCUCAGGUCAAUAUGACCAAAGUUCAGCAGCAGCUCGGUACCUUGACGGUGCCGAGCUUCCUGAAUAAACGGGAUCUCGCAGUAGGGGAGCUGUUGUACACCGCUAGUGACUCAUUGAUCCAGAAGGAGCAAGCACCGGACCAUCUGCAGGGCCUGGUGGUACCUUCAGAUUUGCUGAUUGAGCAUGAAGAGAAGAAGUAUUUGAAGUUGAAUGGUAGUCAUUGGUGGUUGUGCAAGCUGCUUUGCCCAGAAGUUUACAAAACACAGAAGAAUGUCAGCCUCGCCAACACAAGUGCCAUGAAAGAGGUGUGUCAGGCUGUUCUUGCAGGCUUCCUGAAAAAGGAAGAGGGGGAUGAAGGUGAAGAACUUUUCGACAAGAAGCCGGACGACAAGAAAAGCCUGAAAAGGAAACGUGAUAGCUCGGGCCCCCGAGUUAAGAGCAUCACGUUGCCGAACGAGGUGGUUGCAGAGUUUUACCUCGAGAACCACCAGAGUUCGUGCCCGGCAGUGUUGGCGGAGCCGGAGUCUCUCGAAGCAGUGCUCGGCUACUUGAAGGCUGGCUGUGAGGAUUGUGCCAAUGCCGCGACCAGAGCCUACCAGAAGACCGGCAAGUACCGCAAGAAGUGA